CCAUCUAUUAAUCAUAAGUGCCAUAUAGAUCACGCCAAUGACAGCAUACGUCACAACGGUUCAACAAGCAAUGUCUCUGGGGAAGGGGCUCGGACUGCCGUCUCUGGAAAAGGAACUCGGACUGCUGUCUCUGGGAAAGGAGCUCGGACGUCAUCAUAUGAUCAAAUCUGAUAUUAUCAUUUUGAACUCCUCCGAUGAUAUCAACGUGGGCCCAGGUACGGGAGCUUAGAAAAGUAAUAAUACCAUUCAACUUAUCAUCAG